CCUUAGAUUGAGUCAAUAGGUUUGUCAGUCAGGGGGAGUAGAGUCUAAGUGGUGAAGAGUGGAACCAUUGUCUGGUUGUGCACCUUGCACCAUGGUUGACACCCGUAGUGGGAAGAGUACCGCCCCCUACACCCAAGCUUAAGAGGAGCGUACCGCCGCCAUUCUGAAAGAGAGAAAGGAGAUGAAGGAGAAGAAGGAGCUCCUCAAACAGGCAAAGAUAAAAGCUAUCGCAGAGGAGCAGGCGGCGAAGAAGAAGAAGUUAGAAGAGGAGAUGAUGAGAUUACAAAAGGAGAAGAUGUUGAAGCUACAGCAGGAGGAGGAAGAGAAGAGGAAGGCUGCCGAAGAAGAAGCAGCAGCAGAGGAGGAGGAGGUAGAAGAAGAAGAACCCCUUGAAAGGAGGCGUGGGGGAGAUAGAGGAGAGAUCAGUGGCACGAAGGGAGAGGACGCAUGGAUGGAGAAGAAAAUUAGCGAGUGGGUAGCUAAUUUAUCGUUGGGAGAAGACGAAGAUGCACUGCUGUAUGUGCCCCAGGAGGAGAGAGAAGCAUUCGUCAGGGUAUUGGAAAUGAUGGAGGACCCCCUGGAACGUCGGACAAUUGAAGACGAAAAGAAGUUGGAGUCGAAGUUGCGUAUGAUGAGGGAGAAGAAGAGAAGGAGGGAGGAAGCCAACCGAGUGGCAAGAGAGGUGGAAAGAGUCCGGGCAUGCAGACAGAAGGUGCAGGCACAGACAGAAACCCCUGCAAAGUUAGAUAAGAUUAUAGGGUAUCUGGAGGUCCUGAGUGAGGCCUGGCUUGAGGAGCAUCAGGCUAAUAAGGGUCAAGAUGUGACCCUGCAUGCCAUCCGGUCGGGCUUUAGACAGCUUGCACGCGACGUGGUGACCCACGUUGACCCACGUCGGGACCGAGGUUAAAAGAUUACAGGAAGGCGUAGAUAAGUUAUGCGCAGGCGCCAUUGAAAGUGCCACAGUCGUGGCCACAACAGAGGCCGCAGCACGUCCCCGCAAAGAGCCAGUAAAACUCAAAUUCCCUG